UCUACCGUCAAUGGCUCCAUUGCUUCAUAUUGUUUUUGCCUUUUUGCCAUUGUUAAAUAAGUAAAAGAAAACAUAACUAAAAAGCCUUUCACUUCAACACUUCAAUCUUUGAGCAAUUUACAACCUUUGAUUCAGUGUUUGAAUUAAGCUUUGGUCCAAACAACAAGUGAAGAAGAAGAUGGUCGUGAACAAGAACAGGAAGUUUGUAAGAUUAAGACAAGAGUUUUCAGUUGUUGUUGUGGUGCUGCUGCUGUUUUUCUUAUGUCAAAGUUCUGGUUGCUGGUCCUUGAAUGAAGAAGGGUUGGCUUUGUUGGGAUUAAGAGAGAAAGUGGUGAAUGAUCCAUUUGGUGCUUUAUCUGGUUGGAAGAAAGUAGAUGGAAAAUUUGACCAUUGUUCCUGGUUUGGUAUCCAAUGCUCUAAUGGCAAAGUUAUUGUCGUGAACUUGAAAGAUUUUUGUCUUGAAGGAACAUUGGGACCUGAGCUUGGAAAUCUAGCUCAUAUUAAGUCUAUAAAUUUAAGGAACAACUCUUUUACUGGGAAAAUCCCUGAAGAAAUUGGUGAAUUGAAGGAAUUAGAGGUGUUGGACUUGAGAUGUAAUAACUUCAGUGGAUUAAUUCCCCCUCAACUUGGUACCAGUUUGUCACGAACAAUACUGCUACUGGACAAUAAUGAGCUGCUGAAUCAACCUUCUGAGGCGGCUAAAUCGUCUUGCAAGCGAAGAUUCAAUACAUGGAAACUAAGCCAACCUGAAGAUGCAGCUCAAAGGAGACUACUGGAGGAGAAAAGGCCUACAACUCCUUCAAAGUCGCAAAAACCACCCCAUCAUGCUCCGGAAAACCCACGGUCCCCUAUUCCAUCACCUCCAUCAGGACACAAAGUACAACUUAAUGCUUCUGCUCUGUCCCCUUCUCCAUCGAAAGACAAAGCACGACCUAAUUUUUCUACUCCGAUCCCUUCAUCAAAAAGCAAAGUACGACCCAAUGCUUCUUUUCUGUCCCCUUCUCCAUCAAAACACAAAGGACAAUCCAAUGCUUCUACUUCACGUCCUCGUUCGAGUUCACAUAGUCAACGUGCAAUACUAGCCGGAGCCAUAGGGGGUACUGUAUGUCUUCUAAUAUUAAUAGCCAUUACCUAUCUCUUUAAAACGUAUAAAGUAUCCACCGUGAAGCCAUGGAGAACGGGGUUAAGCGGACAACUUCAGAAAGCAUUUGUGGCUGGUGUACCAAAGCUGAAAAGAUCAGAGCUGGAAGCAGCCUGUGAGGAUUUCAGCAAUGUAAUUGAUUCAUCAACGACCGGUACUGUUUACAAAGGGACAUUGUCUAACGCGGUUGAAAUAGCAGUGGUCUCUUUCCCGGUGAAAUCCGCGAAAGAUUGGUCAAAGAACUUAGAAACACAAUUCCGGAACAAGAUCGAGACAUUAUCGAAAGUGAACCACAAAAACUUUGUCAACCUUCUCGGAUACUCCGAGGAAACCGAGCCGUUUACUAGGAUGAUGGUUUUCGAAUAUGCUCCUAAUGGUACUCUCUUUGAGCAUUUACACAUUAAAGAGUCCGAGCACUUAGACUGGUCCAUGAGACUUAGAAUCAUAAUGGGGAUAGCUUACUGCCUUGACCACAUGCACCACCUCAACCCGCCCAUACCCCACAGAAACCUCUCGUCCUCGGCCAUCAACUUAACCGAAGAUUACGCAGCCAAAAUCUCGGACCCAUCUUUCUCCACCGAGGUACCUACGACUCUACAAAGCAACGUUUAUGCGUUUGGGGUAUUACUAUUCGAAACAAUCACCGGUAGAAUACCGUACACGGUUGACAAUGACUCAAUUGAUGACCAGUCAUCACACUAUUUGUCAAAAGACCAACCCCUUGUAAAGAUGGUGGAUCCUAUUCUGAAAUCCUUCGACACGAAGCAAGUUGAAGCCAUUGGGGAGGUCGUAAAUGCUUGUGUCGACCCCGAACCCAAACGGAGACCAAACAUGAGAGAAGUUAGUGCAAGGUUGAGGGAGAUUAUUGGAAUUUCACCUGAUGGUGCAGUCCCUAAACUUUUUCCUCUUUGGUGGGCUGAGCUUGAGAUUAUGUCUAAUUAAUUUUGAUGAUAUAUAUAUGUAGGCGAGCUAUGAUUUGUAUUUAUUUAUAGGGUUAAUGGAAACUUUGAUGUAUAUACUUUGAGAUAGGGUGGAAAAUUUGGGAAAUCUUCGUUUUUAUUAUGUAUCUUUUAUGUUCGUUUUACGAAACAUAAAGACUAAUCUUUUCGAAGUUUGUGGUUGUUCAUCAUAACAAUGUUAUCUCACGACUUGAAUUUGAAUUUUUUUCAUUGAAAGUGUAAUGUGUCUUAUCAUUACACUUAAUGUUA